UCUUUCAACAGUUAUGAGUGGAAUUCUGUGUCUUCUGAUCCUUGAACUGGGUAACUGUGACUUGGGUUUUAAGUGAGUUUGAAAUUCUAGGUAAGCAAAUCCGAGAUGGAGCCCCCCAGGGGGUUUUGGGCUUCUUUCUGGAGCUUUCUCCGGUUUUUGCCGUUCUUCAUUGCACUUCUACUUCUGGGCAUCGUUAAAGGUGUUAUUUUCUGCCCAUUGAUAUGCCUUAUCAUCUCGAUUGGUAACUCUGCAGUCAUUUUGGGUCUUUGGCCAGUCCACAGUAUCUGGACAUAUUAUUGCAUUGCACGAGCCAAACUACUUGGGCCAGUUCUGAAGCUUGCUCUGUCCAUAUGCAUUUCUGUUCUCUUGAUCUUGUGGCCAUUGGUGGGCAUUGUUGGAAGUAUUCUGGCUGGUGCAGGGUAUGGGUUUCUUGUACCCCUGGCUGCCACCUUUGAAGCUGUUGGAGAAGGAAAUACUGAUGAUUUUCUCCACUGUAUGAUUGAUGGAACUUGGAGCUCUGUACAAAGAAGCUUUACUGUGGUCAGAGACUUUACUGAUGUAUGUUUUCACUCCUAUUUCUCAAUUAUGGAUGACCUUCGCCUUCAAGAACCCCCAAAUGGGAAACCAUAUGAGAUCAGAUUGCUCCAUAUUCCAGGUGCUUUAUUAGCUGGACUUCUUGGAAUUAUUGUUGACAUGCCAGUAAUUACGCUUGUUGCCCUGUACAAAAGCCCUUACAUGCUUUUCAAGGGAUGGCACCGAUUGUUUCAUGAUCUUAUAGGUCGGGAAGGACCUUUCUUGGAGACAAUAUGUGUGCCAUUCGCAGGUCUUGUCAUCCUACUUUGGCCAUUGGCAGUUAUCGGAGCUGUACUGGGUUCAAUGGUAUCAAGCGUCUUUUUAGGUGCUUAUGCAGCUGUUGUUACUUACCAGGAGUCUUCUAUUUUCUUGGGGCUCCGUUAUAUUAUCUCGUCCUUAUCCAUUUAUGAUGAAUACAGUAAUGACGUUCUUGACACACCAGAAGGGUCCUGCUUUCCCAGGCUCCAGUACCGGAAGAAAGUGCCCUCAUCGCAGACCACCUCUCGUGCAACUUCUUUCUCAAGACCUGACUCUUUUCGCAAUCCUCCCUCUCGUUUGUCUUCACUCAAGAAUUCAAUCAUUGAAUUGAAUCCCCUUGAGUUACUUGAAGGUUUAUUUGUGGAGUGUAAAAAGCACGGGGAGCUUCUGGUUGCUGAAGGACUGAUAAGACCAGAAGAUAUAGAAGACGCUAAAUCAAGCACAGGUUGCAGCAGCGUUGUAAGCGUUGGCUUACCAGCUUAUUGCACUCUUCAGGCACUUCUACGUUCUGCCAAGGCCAACUGUGAGGGAAUACUGCUGAGUGACAAUGUGACUGAGAUAACUCUAACCAACAGACCAAAAGAAUCUUUCUUUGAUUGGUUCUUCAACCCCGUCUUGAUUUUGAAAGAUCAGAUCAAAGCUGAGAAUCUUUCAGAAGCUGAGGAGAACUACCUUUGCAAAUUGGUUUUGUUAAGUGGCCAUCCAGAUAGAUUGAAAAUUUUGGAUCUAACACCACCAGACACUGAGCAGAAACAAGCUGAACUUGAUGCAUUUGCCCGAAGGCUCCAAGGGAUCACCAAGACUGCAUCAAGGUAUCCAACUUUUAGGCGACGCUUUGUUAAACUUGUUCAAUCUCUAUCUCAUGAGCUUGCAAAGAAAAAUGGUGAAGAUCAAUCAGCCCAUGGGUCUCAAUCAACUUCAAGGUCGAGAAGUGGCUUGGUUCGGAUGUUCAGCCAGAAGUCAUUUGGAAGCAGAACAGGCCAUCAAGGAGCUGAUAGAGAUGGGGCUAUGGCAUUUAAUGUAUGA